AUGACUACAACUAAAAGUAUAACAUCUAACACGACUAAAAACAUUACCUCCGUGACCAACGACGAUUCUAACGGUCGUUUUUCUCACAUGCCUUUUAAAUCCAACAUUAUGGAAGAAUCCGUCGUUGACACCUUUGUUUACAAGUUAUGUAGACAAAAUGUUUAUAAAGGAAAGGAGGGAAGAAAAGAUAGUAAUAUUAAUUGGAGAUAUGGAGCAAAGAAAAUGAAAGAAUUACCAAAUGCAGGAGGUCAAAGUGAAUUAUCCGAGAUUCUUUCUUGUGAAAUUAUGGAAAGAGUCUUGGGUGUAGAAUUAAAUAAGACAGAG